AUGACAGAAGAAGCCUUUGCGAUAGAUGUUGAAGAUAAACCAAUUAGAAUAUUGACAUAUAAUAUGUACCUUAGACCGAUGUUAAUAUCAGCAGCUGGACAUGACCAUAAAGACUCGAGAUUGAAAAUGUUUUGUAAGGAACGAUUAAAAGAUUUUGACAUAAUUUGUUUUCAAGAAGUCUUCAAGGAAUUAAAUUGGAGAAGAGAAAAAUUAUUAAAAAAAGCUAAAAAGGCUGGUUUUAAGUAUCGAAUUCAAACAGAAAAACCUUUAUUUCCAUUAUUCCUUUGUGACGCUGGGUUAAUUAUUAUAAGUAGAUUUCCUAUUGUAGAGAGUCAAUUUAAAUUAUAUAAAAGAAGUAUUUAUGCUGAUGCUGUUGCUUCUAAAGGUGUUCUUUAUGCAAAAAUUGAAUUACAGUCUAAUAAAUAUUUACAUGUAUUUAAUACUCAUACACAAGCAGAUUACACUUUAGACCCAGAAAAAGCUAAACCUUCAAGAGACGUACGACUAAAUCAAAUCAGGAAAUACGCUAAAUUUGUCCAAAAGAAGUGUAGGAAUGAUACAUUUCCUGUUAUUUGUUGUGGUGAUUUCAAUGUAAAUGGAAGGGCUGGAACUGAUGGAACAACAGAAAGUCCAGAAUAUACAGAAUUUCUUCAAAACUUUCAUUUUGAUAGUGGAGAACUUAUUGAUUUACUUCUUAGAGAUAAUCAUGGUAUUCAACCAAUAACUUUUGGUGAUUCAUUUAUUGAUGAAAAUGGUACUGAAACACCAUGUGAUACAGAAAUUACUUAUGAAGUAUCAUGUAUGGAUAAAUCACGAUUAGAUUAUAUGUUUCAUUGGAAAAAACCAAAUGAAAAUCCAAUUAUUACUUGUAAGAAUUGUCAUGUGGAUAAAUUUCAAGUAAGUGGAAAAAAAUACCCAUUUAUGUCAGAUCAUUUUGGGGUAACUUGUGAUAUAUUUCUUUGA